UGCGGGCGAGAUUGGUGGGGGGUUCGUGCCGCUCACGACACACAACUUGUCAUUUCCAUCAGUCACCGUUUUUCCCCCGCCGCGACGUUUGGCUGCAGCAAGCCAAAUCCACUGCAUCCUCUUGCGCACGUUGGUUUUGGGCCGGUGUCAGCUGAGACGAUAUAAUGACAGGACACAAAGCACCUGUCCAUGCGCCGUUCCCCGUCGUCGGGACUAACGGCUGUUCCAGCGAUCCACAUGUGGCUGCUGUCGUGCCCGCCCGCAUGUCUGAGCAUCGUUCAGCCCACCGGCCUCAAGAUUGUCUGCCAGAUGCCCCAUGCAUGGCAGGAGCCCGAAAAUGGUGCUCGUCCCCGUGCUGUGCGACAAUUAUUCGACAUUUGGAUGGUGCACGCCCGAAGAUCCUCGGAGUCGCACAAACACCCUUCCAUGAUCCUUGGGAGUUCCCGCGCAUGCACCAGAGUGAUCAAAGGCCUCACGAUACAGCAGAGCAAAGCGCGGGCUCGGUUUCGGAUCCCAUCCACUGUCAGGCCACCAGAAAUAGGUUUGCGGCAACAAAGUUUUUCCGCAAGGAUAUGCCCUCAUGUUAAUCCCCGGUUUGAUGAAGAUGUGCAAGAGGGUGUUUUGAAUUUCGUAGCUUAACAAAUGGUAGAAGGCUUCCUUGGUAUGCCUCUGAAACUUGAGACGAAGCCGGAAUGGCUCCGGUCGAGUGUAACGAAAACGGCUGCAGUCGUUGACGCAGCUGUCGUGGCUGCC